GAGGUGGACUUCAAGUUUUGCUUUGCGAUCCCCGACACGGCGUGGGAGCUGCUGGGCGACGGAACGUGGCCUCGCCUCCGGCAUGCAAAAGGCGUCCCGGAGGAGCACCUGGAGCGCCUGCGCAAAGCUCCUUUGGACCUCGAAGCGGGUGCAGGCGAGGCGGCAAGCUCCAUGGAGCUGCAGGAGCCCGUCGCCAAGCAGCUGCCUAUGCACCCGGUUUUCGUCACCUCCGUGGUGAUGCCGGGAGAGGCCGGCGCAGCGGCAGUUCAGGGUGACCUCGGCCUGCUGCCCGCUCUGGCCCGCUCCGACAUCGAGGAGCUCAACUUAGAUCGGUGCCGGGACGUCCCUGCCGCCGUGUGGCAGCAGGUCGGACAGGCUCAGGGUGAGGCGUUCCAGAAGCUCAGGUGCUUCUAUAGCGACUCCAAGUGCUUCGACAAAGAGUCCAAGGGCAUCGAGGGCGCCGCCUGGCUGCUGUUGGCCUUGAGCCGCUGCCAGUCGAACCACGAGGUGCUGAUGACGAUAGUCAAGCUAAGCUCAGUGGUUAGCUCCCCGCUCCGAGUUCCAGUGCGCGUAGAACCGCGAUUGCAACAGGGGAAAGGGCUGAAGCACCCUGGCCACAGCCUGGAGCAUUCCGAGCUGGGCAUGUCGUAUUGCUACAAAGUCCCGGCCGCGGCCUGGCAGCUCCUGGCCACCGCCCGCUGGGAGCAGCUCCGGAAGGCGGAUUUCUCUCGGUGCUUCGAUGAAGACUCCAAGGGCGCCGAGGGCGCCGCCGGGCUGCUCUCGGCCUUGGCACGCUGCCGGCAGCUGCAGGACGCGUCAACGGGUCUCUUAAGGGACUUGAGAACAGAGGCACCCCCCGAAAGCGAGGACAGCCCAUCCGAUCCCGCCGGCAAGGAGCUGCUGAUGUACGGCUGCAACCAGAUCUCUGUUGCGGCGUGGCAGCAGCUCGAGGGUGCCCAUUGGCCGAAGCUCACGAAGGUGGACUUCGACGGGUGCUUCGACAGUUACUCCAAGGGCAUCGAGGCUGCGACUGGGCUUCUCGCCUUCCUCGGCCGCUGCCCCGAGCUGCAGGACCGGGCUCUUCGGGUUUGCGUGGGGCAGAGGGCGAACGGGCGAGCACCAGACAUCAACAGCUUUCACAGAGUCCUGAGCCUGGGGCAGUGCGACCAGAUCCCGGCUGCGGCGUGGCAGCAGCUCGAGGGCGCCCAGUGGCCGAAGCUGACGAAGGUGGACUUCAACUGGCGCCUCGGCUUUUGGGCGCCUGUUGGAGUGUGUGUGAUCUGGUAG